AUGUUACACGGUGAUUUGAUCCUUUGGGGGGUCUUCACCUUCUACGCAUUCCAUCCCUUCUCAGAGUCAAUGUCAGGUGAGAGCAUUGACUGGGAAGCCUUUCAGCGUGCCGUGUUCCUUCUUAGCAUGAGAGGUGUGGACCGGCUAGGUGUGAUGAACGACGAAAUACUAUAUACCAAAGACUGGAGCACUAUAUACGUCUCCAACUUUACGCGGGUAUUUAGAAGUAUCAGCAUCUGGAGGGCUCGAGACGAGAAACCAAGCGACCACAAGCAUGCAUACAAGGAGAGUAUGGAAGAAAUCACCAAUGUUUUGGCCAUGGUACAGCCCUACCAAGAGUUGAGGCCACCGAGAGAAGACUGGUUGAAAGAGACUGCUUCCAGGCUUCUCGGUCCUGUUACCAAAGUGCAGGGCCUUCCUUUAAUUGAAGAUCUGACAAAACUGAUGAGGUUAUUACUCCAAUUGAAAGUGCAUGAGCGCAGGCGGAGAACACGCUUCCAGCCUUCCGCCAUUUACUCAUUUGACCCUAUUCAAGAUGACCUGGCAGAUAAAGUGACAGAGCAAUUUGGGAGACCACAGGAGAAACUCACCCACAAUAUAAUUUCCAAAGUGAUGAAAGAAUUCGUAUGCACCAGCUCUUUUGACGAUACUAAGCCACUCAUCAAUGACACUUCAAGCCAUCUGAUCGGUGCGCUUCUUUUGUUAUUACCCUAUAAAACAAUAUCGAAAUGGCUCGAAAUUGAGGACAAAGACAGGCAACUCAUUGUUAGAAAACUUCAUUUCUGGACCAAAGCUGAUGAUCGCGAGGAUACGCUCAAUGAUUUCACAUCCACGAGCUUGGCUAGGGUCCUAGACUACAACUCAUCUCCUAUCAUUAUUCUCAUCACUGGAAAGGACACAAAAACAUCAAAAACGGGAGCGAUGGGGGUUUAUCUACCUUCAUCAGAGUCGCCAAGCUCUAAGAAGGCAUAUGAGUAUGUCUUCUUUACCUUACAGCCACGCUUUCGCGCCAAGCGUUGGACUGGUAUUGAAAAAAAUCUUGACGGUAUCAUCAAUACACAAAUGGAGAGAUAUUCAGUUGGCCAUAUUUCGAAUGAACAAACCGUCGGAAGCAAAAGACCAUUCUGGCUGGGCAAUCCAGAAAAGGUUGAGACAUACAUGAGCUUUGACCCGAUACAAAGUAUCGCUUCUUUUAUAAUCUCCGAAUGUCAGAAGAGCCACGACAACGACGAAGUUGCUGGGGAUGUUGCUUUCCCACACCCUCCCAGUGAUGCGUCCGAGAUUCUAUUCGAUGCGGUGAAAGUUUUUCAGGUCGGUGUAAUCGACCCCGUCUCACCAUUCAGCGCCACGGGAAAUGAACACGAAGAAUCAAAUGACAAGACCAAAAAGGCCACGGAAGUCAUCAGGGGCGAGGAGCUGAAAAGGCGCAUUCAAGGGUUCGGGCCAGAUUCCUUACCUAAAGGUCUUCAGUAG